AAUAUUCAUUACGUACGGUGCAGCCAUCUUUCGCGUGUCGCGGUACUUCGCUAAUAUAGAGGCGCGAAGUUCAAUUUUAUUUCUAGUGUUACUACUAGCACCAGUCUAGGUUUGCCUCGUAGUUGACCAAAGUGCAAUAUUUAUUUACUUUUGUUGGAAAUGGCAGCAAUUCAGGACCUUAAAUCUGUUCUAAAGGAGACAUUGGAAAAUAGAGGUACUUUAGAUCAAAUCAAAGCUAGAGUCCGUGCCGAGGUUUUUCAUGCCCUCAACGACACCGAUGAACCACGUCCUCCAAUGAGCAACGAAAAUAUGUUGAUAAAUGAGCUUAUUUUAGAGUAUCUUGAGUACAACAGUUACAAAUAUACAUCAUCAGUUCUAACAGCUGAAUCAGGUCAACCUCAACCCAGACUUGAUCGACAGUUUCUUACCAGUGAGUUGAAUUUGAUUGAAAACCAAGAGUCCGCUUCACUUCCGUUGAUUUACAGUUUGUUGACACACUUUACACAUGGCAAACCGAGAACAAAUUACCAACCAUCCAUCGCAAGACCAUCUGCCAUACAUAAUUUAGCUACAAAACAAAAUCAUGACAAGCGAAGGCAUUCAGAAGACGAGUUACAUGGCUUUGAGGGCAUACAUGAAUCGCCAGUGCUAUUGCGAGGAGAACGACGAUGAAAUUUAAUGUAAUCUCAACCAGGACUACAAUAGUAGAUGACUUGCAGUUGUCUCCAGCUUACAAUAGGUACCACAGUCGUGUCAUCACAACAACCAGGUAGCGCCCUCUGUUGCCAACCAAACAUUGGUUACCGUUCAUUGCGCCUGAAUGACUUCAUAAGCUUUCUGAAAUAGGCAUUUUAAAAUCUAAUAUUUUACCAUCAAAAUGUACUAAAAACACAAAAGCUUGCAUUACAUUAGUUAUCAAACACACAUUUAGUCAUCAAUUAAAAAUUUACAAAGAAAAACUAAGAUACAACAUCCUAAUAAUUAUGUUAGAAAUUGGCAUCAUUGGUUUGUCAGUGGAUAAAAUGGUGUCCGGUUGAAUGCAUUUUGCAACGAUUACAACGGAGUAGUAUCACAUGGUAUUGUGAUGUAACACUAUAGUACUCUAUACAGUAGCAACAAAGGCUCUGUCAAGAAUAUACAAUUUUCUUUGACGAAAACUGUUGUAUGCCCAUUUAUAGUCAUGAUGGGCCUAUAUUAUAUGGUCGUGAUGUGACGUCAUCAUGACCAUAUUUAGGCAUGUCAUAUGUUUUUGUCAAAUCAAAUUUGAAAAUGAUAGUUUGGACAGGGCUUUAAGCUGAUUUGCUUAAAUGCUUAUGUUAAAAUAUGGAUGAUGUGACAAUAAACCAAUACAAGCUCCAGGCUCACCACAGCUAGAUAAUAUUUGCAGGCCUGAGAAUGGAGGUAUCUGUUGUGGUUGUGUUUGUUCAAUAAUGCCUUUUGAUAACAAUAUCGAUAUUGUGUACAUCAUUAUCAGAGUCAGUAAACGUUUACAGAUAACUAUAGCAGCGGUUCCAUACGAAAAAUAAUUAGGGGUCUACCAGGUCAAAGGGGUCCGCGAAAAAUGUGGGGGUCCGCAAAAAUGUUGGGAGUCUAGAUUAUCACGAUUCCAUUAUUUUUUCUUGUCUUACAAUAAUGAAAUACCUUUGACAGCCAUGAAUUUGUUCACUGCGAAUUGUUUUAAUUGCCAUUAUAUUUUAAUUCCAAUAAUUUAUUGGUGAAUCUUUCAAAUUAUGUAUUCUCUAUGUAAAGAUUUUUGGUAUAGGAGAGCCACUUCAUAGUGGUAAUCCUCAGGUAAAGUACAUCUUGUUUCCUCUUGCAUUGCUUUUGCCUGCAUAUUAAAUAAAUUUAAAAAAUCAGGAGGGAGCCCUAAAUGUGACAAAAUUAAAGUAAAUGAGGGAUAA